CUCUGUCUGCCAUGUGUUCGGCACAGCAGGACUGUCGGCGUGGAGCCUGUUACCCAGCAAUGGAUGAUCUGCUGCUGGGUCGGGAGCAGAACCUGCGGGCGUCCUCCACAUGCGGUCUGAUGGGCUCUGAGGUGGUCUGUUCUCCACACGGACAGUGGAAGAUGAAAUGUUGUCCGUGUGAUUCUCGCAAUCCCGCGGCGUACAACGCACACACCAUCCAGAACGUGAUUUCCAGCGCCGGACCGAACCGAUGGUGGCAGUCCAAGAAAGAUGUAAAUCCUGUGACGCUGCAGCUGGAUCUAAAUGGACAGUAUCACCUGGAGACCGUUUUCCUCUCAUUCAAGGGCCCGAGGCCUGAUGCGCUAAUCAUCGAGAGGUCGAGGGAUUACGGUCGGUCUUGGCAACCCGUCCUCUACAUGGCCACCAAUUGUCCGUCCACUUUUCCUCGGGUCAGCACUUCGUUUCCUCGCAGCUUUGAAGAAACGUACUGCUACACGCUGCCGUCCACCGCAGAUGACCCCUACAAGGACCAGAAGAUUCACUUUUACCCUCUUCGUCAGUUUGCAGACAUCAAUCUACCCAACGAAUACAAAAUUGAAGUGGCGUCCGGGUUCACUGGUCUGCGGGUCAAUCUGACUCAGCUGGGUCCGGUUCCUAGUCUGCCGGGUCGUGGUCUGAGUCAGUAUUACGCUCUGAGAGAGAUGAAGGUCAUCGGCUCCUGCUUCUGCCAUGGACACGCCAACCGCUGCCUUCAGGACACCAGCAACAACUACCUUCCUAACACACCGGUUGGCGGUAUGUGUGAGUGCCAGCACAACACAGCCGGUGUGAACUGUGAUCGAUGUGACGACUUCUAUAAUGACCUUCCCUGGAGACCAGCGGAGAGCGGAAACACACACGCCUGCAAGC